AUGGCUAAUGGUCAGGGUCGAAAAGAUACCUCGCGACCGCCAAUACUCUUCAUCAAUUCACAGACCGAGCUGCUAACCCCUCAGGCCCGGCGGCUUGCCAGACGACAUGCGUCCUGGUGGGGACACAGGAGGUCCAGAGCAGGACAAUCCGCCGACAAACCAACCUUGACCUCCCUCUCCACUCCGACUUCCGCUGGUCACAGCCAUACUCCCUCUUCCUCGGACAAUUCUUGCGGCUCUCUAUGUCAGAGGUCACCCCCAGUUGUAGGUCUCUCCUCGCCUAGGCAAGCUGCGCCGCUUGACUGUUACUUGGGCUCUACCCACGAUGCCUUUCAUAUCCUUCCUCAAUUAUCCAUCCCGAGCGACGACUCUAAUUACCUUUCCUCCCUCAAGCAUGACAUGCACCUGUUCUUUGGAGAGGCCUUUGUCCGAAACACCAUCUUACGGAGUGGUGACUGCUGCGAGAGCAGAUAUGCCGGCUGCCUACUCCUCUACUCUACCUAUCGGCACGCAGUGACUGGCCACGGCUCGCGUGCUAGCCUGCUGUCACUGAAGGGAAUAGUGAUCAGGAAAGUCAACUCUGCCCUGGCGAAGCCAGGCCAGGCUACCACUCUCGACAACAUGAUUGCAAUUAUGAGUUUGGGAGUUCCCAUGGUGUGCCAAGUCACGGCGUCCAGCGCGGAUGAAACGACGCAAUCGCAGUCGCUGGCGCGGUCAUCGCUGGACAAUGUUUCCGAUCAAUUGCCUCCCACACGUGGAGGAGCACUUGGAGAGAAGAUUGCUCGGGAAUAUGACAUGCAUUACAGGGCUAUUACAAAACUCAUGCGCAUGCAAGAAGAUCCUGCCUGGCUCGUGACCACAGACGGACGGUAUAUCUUCUUGACCAAGGUUCUAUCAUACGCCCAUUGGAUGUUGGCCAAUUCGGAGGAGACUCAAGAGAGCUGGUCCAAGAUCCUCCAAAAGUUCGAGCUACACUCCAGCAAGGCUCCCGCACAAACGGGAUGGCUUUCACCUCUAUACUGUCCAAAUGUGGCGUUGUGGCGGAUGGCUCUUGGUGCUGAAAUGCCACCAAAGGUUACGCGUCUCCUUCUUAGCUUUCAAACCUGGUACAGACUUUAUCGAAGUGGCGAGGACGUUGCUGCCCAUACUGCAUCUAUGAGAGUUCUACUACAACAAGACCGGUUGGAAAUAGAUGUGAGCAAUGAAUCAUAUGUGGAAUCACUUAGCUGCCACCAGGAGGGUGAAUUAAGAUACGAGGCAUGCUGUAUCGUCAUCAGCCUGAUGAUCGAAGCAGAGGGCGACGGUUGCUCUAUAUCCCAAGCGGCUCCUCUCGUGCCCAAGUCCAGAGCACUAAGUCACAUACUUCGCCGCACCGAUUUGGCACAUCUAUGGGGUCGAUGCCCCGGUGUCUUGUACUGGGUCAUACUCAUCUGUCACAUGGUGGUGAAACAAGACCUGGAACAUCGAAUUUCAACAAUGGUGCUCGCACAUUUCACCCAGACUUUGGCAGCUUCGGAUAUCCCACUUCCGGUGGCUAUCCAACCAAUCAAGGAGUUGUUGGCGUUUCCUUGA